AUGCUUAAUUCACUGGAUAAUGGUAAUAUCGCCAAAGCCACUGGAUCAACAACCCUGCAAACACCUCCUGAAACAUGCUCUUUAUGCAAUAAUUCUGUUUCAUUAUACAAACCCAAUGGAGCCAACUUAAAACCAAUUACGAAAUUAAUCUGUGUUCAUAUCUUCCAUCUUAAAUUAUUUACUCAAUUAUCUGAUCCAGAAAAUGAGAAGGUAGAGAAUUCCUCAACUCCACAAAUAGAUUUCCCUAAAAUACAUGACAAAAUUCUUAAAGCAUUGGAGGAUAAGUUAGCAGAGUUAAAAUCUAAAAAUCCACUCUGUUCUGCCCAGAUUAUGCUUAAUAAGGAAAUUAGAUAUCAGUUUCUAUCCGAUACUACUCGUAAUAUCUUUAAUAAGAAAAAACAUUCAGCUCUAAAUAUUUACAGGAUUUUUAGUAGUGAAGAUAUAGGCAGAGAUAAGAUACAACAAAUUAGAUCCUUCACCCUCUCAUCCAUUGGAAAAUUUACUGAUAAUGAAAUUAAAAUUAUUAAAGAAAGGAGUAAAAAGAUUCUCACAUCGCAUAGUGAAAAACAGACAAAUGAGGGUGAGGAAUCAGAAUAUAAUACAGAUAUGGAGAUUGAUUAA